AUGAUCUGUAGUGCAACGUUUCUGAAUAUCGGAUCAUGGAAUGCUGCACUGCUAGCUGCCGGCACGACACUUUCAGUAAUGAAGUAUAUACUUGACGGGCACGGUAAAAUAUGUUACGCACUGGUUAGACCACCGGGUCAUCACGCUCAGCCUACUCAAGCUGAUGGCUAUUGCUUUCUAGACAACGCGGGUCUUGCGGUUCAAUACGCUUUGGAUUCGGGUUGCAAAAGGGUUGCGGUUAUUGACAUUGAUGUUCAUUACGGGAAUGGAACUGCAGAGGGAUUUUACCGUUCUGAUAAAGUUCUUACUGGAGGUAUAAACGAGCUUGGUGAGGGAGCGGGAUUUGGGUUUAAUUUAAAUGUACCUUUACCAAAUGCAACAGGGGAUAUAGGGUAUAAGUGUGCGAUGACCGAGGUCGUUGUCCCUGCUGUUAGAAAGUUUGAUCCUAAUAUGAUGGUAUUUGUUGUUGGCCAAGAUUCAAGUGCUGUAAGUAUAGCACAAGGAUUGCCAAUGGAUCAAUGGAAUCCAAGGCUGAAGCCUGAGUUCUUUCUUCACAUAAAGGCAUAA